AUGCCCGCUGAGGCGUCCGCCCCCGAGAUGUCAAACGCAACCAAGGCGAUCCUCGGCAAGGUCCAGCGGAUGAUUCCGCCAAUGCUUGAAAAGUUCCAUAAAGGCCAGCUUGGACGUGUGGCGGUUCUGGGGGGGAGUGAAGACUACACCGGUGCGCCCUACUUCUCCGCCAUGGCCAGCGCCAGGCUUGGCUGCGAUAUGUGUACCAAGUCUCAUGUCAUCUGUACUCCGGGUGCCGCUGCGGUCAUUAAGACGUACUCGCCCAAUCUAAUGGUCCAUCCGCUCAUGCGCCAGUCACCCCCCACAGCCUCAUCGUCAGAAGGACCCGGGGAUUCAGAGACUGACCCCAAGCAUGUGGCUUCCCGUAUCAUCGACAUGAUGUCCAGGCUCCAUGUCCUCGUCAUCGGGCCAGGGUUGGGUCGAGAUCCGCUGAUGCAGGAUACCGUGGCCCUGGUAAUCCAAGCUGCGAGGACCAAGAACCUGCCACUUGUCCUGGAUGCCGACGCUCUCUUGGUUGUUCAGAAAGAUCCCGGUCUAGUCAGUGGCUACACACAGGCCAUACUGACACCCAACGUGGUCGAGUUUAAGCGCCUGUGUGAUGCCUUGGGGGUCAACGUGACUGGCCAGGAAGGUGAGACGGCCAAGGUAGAGGCUCUCGCAAAGGCACUGCAAGGAGUGACAAUCAUAGAAAAGGGAGCAAGCGAUUUUAUUUCUGAUGGGAAGAACACAAUCAAAAACGACAUGGAGGGCGGCAAGAAGAGAAGCGGUGGGCAGGGCGAUACCCUAACAGGAUCUGUCGCCACGUUCCUGGCCUGGAGGAAGGCAUAUCUCGACGAGCUUUGGGAUGCAGGGAGCGAGAAGCUUGGUGAGAGCGAAAUGAUUCAGUUGGCUGCGUUUGGAGGAAGUGCCAUUACCAGAGAGAGCUCCCGUCUCGCCUUUUCCAAACGAGGUCGGAGUCUACAGGCAAGUGACCUGACGGACGAGGUUCACAGUGCAUUCAUGAAUUUGUUCGGCGAAAUUGAUGGUGAAGCAGGCGCUUCAAGGCUGUGA